UCCGAGGUGUCGUGGAUACCCAACAAACACUACUCAGGUAUUUACGGCUUGAUGAAGCUGACGCUAACCAAAGCUUUACCCUCCGACCUGUCAAAGGUCAUCGUCCUGGACACGGACAUCACCUUCGCCACCGACAUCGCCGAGCUCUGGGGCAUUUUCAGGAAGUUUACAGAUAAACAGGUGAUCGGUCUGGUGGAGAACCAGAGCGACUGGUACCUGGGGAACCUGUGGAAGAACCACAAACCCUGGCCUGCACUGGGCCGAGGCUUCAACACAGGCGUCAUCCUCCUGUACUUGGAGCGGCUGCGGAGAAUCGGUUGGGAGCAGAUGUGGCGUCUGACGGCGGAGAGAGAGCUGAUGAGCAUGCUCAGCACGUCGCUCGCCGAUCAG